AGAUUGCAAUCAGAUAAGAUUUCAAUGAGAUAAGAUUGCAAUCGGAUAAGCUUUCAAUUAAGAUGAAACCAAGUAACUUAUACAACUACUUAUGUUCUUGUAUAAGUAGGAUGUCAAUGCAGGGUAUUUGUACAUUAGUUUGAAUAAAAAUAAAAUCUCUCCAUCUCUCGAUUUCUUUGAUUAUAUCUCUUGUUACCUUGAUAUUAAGUAUUAAUUCAUACAUAAGAUAUUAAACCCAAAGGCCAAAGGUCAAAUUUAAUUCCUUAUUUCUUCUUGAUUUCAUUCAGCUGAAAAAUGAUACUUGUUUAUUUCAUCCUAUUAUUUUUUCUACAGCUUAGUUCAAAUUCUGUCGCUAAUGAGAAUUUUGAAAAUUAUGUUGGUUGCGACAUGCCCAAAUCAGAUGUGGACCUAGUAGAAUUUCCAUUGAAUUUGGAGUACUUGGAAGCUGAAUUUUUCUUGUGGGGAUCUUUGGGAUAUGGUUUGGAUAAAUUCGCACCUGAACUUGCUGAUAGUGGGCCGCCACCUAUUGGUGCUCAAAUUGCAAAACUUAGCCCUCUCAUAAAAGAUGUCAUAACCCAGUUUGGAUUCCAAGAAGUCGGACAUCUCAGGGCAAUCAAAGAUACAAUAACAGGAUUCCCGAGGCUACUACUAAAUCUAAGCAGAGAAUCAUUUGCAACAGUGAUGGAUGAUGCAAUUGGACAUCCAUUAAAACCACCUUUUGAUGCUUAUGCUAAUGACAUCAACUAUCUCCUUGCCUCCUAUGUAAUACCUUAUGUUGGACUCACCGGAUAUGUUGGCGCUAAUCCUAAACUCCAAAGCUCUACUGCCAAAAGACUAGUUGCAGGAUUACUCGGAGUUGAAUCAGGUCAAGACGCUGUUCUGAGAGCAUUGCUUUAUGAGCGAGGAAGAGAGAAGGUAGAACCCUACGGGAUUACAGUAGCAGAGUUCACAAACCGAAUAUCAAAGCUGAGGAACAAACUAGGACGCCAUGGAAUUAAAGAUGAAGGACUUAAUGUGAAACCAAAAGUAGGUGCUGAAGGGAGGAUUAGGGGGAAUGUACUUGCAGGGGACAAGUACUCGAUGGCCUACGACAGAACGCCGAAGGAAAUAUUAAGAAUAGUGUACGGAAGUGGAAAAGAGAAUAAACCUGGUGGAUUUUAUCCAACGGGAGCAGAAGGGGCGAUAGCAAAAUCAUAUCUUAGGCAUGGGGACUAGCUAUUUGGAAAAAUACAAAAUUAUUGCUUACUUCCUGCAAAGUAAAUAAAAAUAAGUGAGUUAUAAAGUGGGUAGUAAAAAUGAUGUUGGGAUAUUAUAUUUGUGCUUAAAUAUUAAUUUAUCUAAUGAAUAGUAUCAUUAGAUUAUA